GGAGCUGAGGCGGAAGUCGAGGGGCCCCCCGGGUGGAAGUGACGCUGCCCCCGCUGCCCAAAAUGUCGGCGCCCAGAGGGAGGUAGAGCGCCCCCACCCACUAAUACAUUCCUUGCCACCAUGGAUGAUGCCCCGCUGCCAGCGCCCCCAGCCCCCGCCCCAAACCCAGCACCAGCACCGCCCGCCGCCGCCCCCCGGGUCCCCUUUCACUGCAGUGAGUGUGGCAAGAGCUUCCGCUACCGCUCAGACCUGCGGCGUCACUUCGCCCGGCACACGGCGCUCAAACCCCAUGCGUGUCCGCGCUGCGGCAAGGGCUUCAAGCACAGCUUCAACCUGGCCAACCACCUGCGCUCGCACACCGGCGAGCGGCCCUACCGCUGCUCUGCCUGCCCCAAAGGGUUCCGCGACUCCACUGGCCUGCUGCACCACCAGGUCGUCCACACUGGCGAGAAGCCCUACUGCUGCCUGGUCUGUGAGCUCCGCUUCUCCUCGCGCUCCAGCCUGGGCCGCCACCUCAAGCGCCAGCACCGCGGGGUGCUCCCAUCUCCGCUGCAGCCCGGCCCGGGCCUGCCCGCCUUGAGCGCACCCUGCUCCGUCUGCUGCAACGUGGGGCCCUGCUCCGUGUGCGGGGGCGCGGGGACCGGCGGUGGAGAGGGUCCAGAGGGGGCAGGCGCUGGCCCGGGCAGCUGGGGGCUGGCGGAGGCGGCAGCUGCAGCGGCGGCCUCGUUGCCCCCGUUUGCGUGCGGCGCCUGCGCACGGCGCUUCGACCACGGCCGCGAGCUGGCGGCCCAUUGGGCUGCGCACACCGACGUGAAGCCCUUCAAGUGCCCGCGCUGCGAGCGCGACUUCAACGCGCCCGCGCUGCUGGAGCGGCACAAGCUGACGCACGACCUGCAGGGCGCGAGCGCGCCCCCAGCGCAGGCCUGGGCCCCUGGGGCAGGCGCUGGGCCCGAGGCGGCCCGCGAGGCUGGCGCUGCGGAGGCGGGCGACGAUCCACCGGCUUGGGACGGCGGGCUGCUCCUGGGCCCCACGGGGGGCGCUGUGCCCGAGCUCGGGGGGCUGCUCCCCGAGGGCGGCGGGGAGGCCCCUGCGCCUGCGGCGGCGGCCGAACCGUCGGAAGACACCCUGUACCAGUGCGACUGCGGGACCUUCUUCGCGUCGGCAGCGGCCCUGGCCAGCCACCUGGGAGCGCACUCGGGCCCGGCCACCUACGGCUGCGGCCACUGCGGAGCGCUGUACGCGGCGCUGGCGGCCCUGGAGGAGCACCGGCGGGUCAGCCACGGCGAGGGCGCGGGGGAGGAGGCGGCGGCCGCGGCCCCGGAGGGAGAACCGGCGUCCGGGGAGCCCGCGUCCGGCUCGGGCCGCGGCAAGAAGAUCUUCGGCUGCUCAGAGUGCGAGAAGCUGUUCCGCUCGCCGCGCGACCUGGAGCGGCACGUGCUCGUGCACACGGGCGAGAAGCCGUUCCCGUGCCUCGAGUGCGGCAAGUUCUUCCGCCACGAGUGCUACCUCAAGCGCCACCGGCUGCUGCACGGCACCGAGCGGCCCUUCCCCUGCCACAUCUGCGGCAAGGGCUUCAUCACGCUCAGCAACCUCUCGCGGCACCUGAAGCUGCACCGGGGCAUGGACUGACACAGCCGGGCCGCCCCCUGCCCUCCACCUGACGCCCGGACGCAGGGCCUGGGCCAGGGGACCCUGGGCCUCCAAAUCCAGACAGGCCCUGAAAUGAGGGGAUCCUGACUGGAGAGAUGGGGGCCACCAAAAACCCACACAGGCCCCUGAGCUGGGGGACCACAAACAAACGGAGAGACUCCUCAGCUGGGCGGGGGGUGUCCAAGAAUAUAAUAGUUGGGGACCCCAAAUCUAGGGAGAGACUUCUGAGCUUGGGGCCCCUGGAAUAGUGUGGGCACCCCAGAAAUCAACAGGCCCCUAAGAUGCUGGGACCUAGGAAUGAGAAGUGGGUCUCACAAGUACCUCUCAUCUUGAGGGCCCCAAUAAUAAAAGAUGGGCACCCCUCCAAGGGAAGACUGCCCCACUCCCUGAGAGCCAUCAUUCCCAAUGACCUUGAUCUGGAGGAUGUAGAGGGACCAUGUCCCUGAAUUUUCCUAGAUCCCCUCCAAAUGUUACCCACCAGAGUCACUGGUGCCCCCAGAAAAUGGAUAUAGCCGAUAUCUGCCUUUCCCCCAUUUCAUUCCCUAUGCUGAAAGAGGACCAGGGUGGAUGCCCCCUGCCCUCAACUACCCCCUCUCCCGCAAUUAGGUCUCUCACCCCUACGGCAGAAUGGGUGGACCCUAAUGAUCUUCCGCACCCCCAAACACUAGAAUAGACUGGUCUGAAAUCCCCCUGCCCGGUAGGAUGGACUGAUCCAUGUGCACACACCCCUGUCCACACGGAAUGGGCUGGUCCAGGUUGUGGACUGCACCCCACCCUCCUUAGAGUGAAUAGGGCAGAGCCUCCUCCCUCUUCCUGUAGAGUGGACUGGUCCACGUCAUACCCCAUCCUGUGAACUCAGUGGAAGGUGGUGGACACUGGG